AUGAGACGAAUGUGGACCACCCUGCCACAUUCUGUUCGAGCCAUAGCCUAUGAAAAGCUCCUCUUGGCUGGUUCCUACUUCUAUGGGCGAUCCCUUUCCCCAAGGGUCCAACGGCUGCCCUUUGGGCUGUACUUACGGAAGGGACAGCCGCAAGAGGCAGUUAAAUAUCGGGUAGAGGCCCGUGCUCUUGGCAUGGUGGAGAAAUUCACUCAAAUGCCCGCGCCGAUGGCAAUUGAUGUCUUGGAAACCCCUGAUGCUUCACACUUGCUCAUGACUCAAGUCCCGGGCCGUCCAAUCGGCCAGCUACUCAAUACGAUGACGGACAAGCAAGUGGAAAACGAUGUAACAGACAUCAAACAGUAUGUCGCCGAGCUGCGAGCGAUCCCCAACGAAGUCAGCAAGUUUCAAAUCUGCAACUCGGAAGGUGGCGGGAUCCUGGACUGGCGCAUCCCUGACAGCCAGUCAAAGAAAUUGCGCAUCCAAACGGAAACCGACUUCAAUAACUAUUUGACUGCAAUGAUGACCGAUGAUGCUCGAAGGCACGCGGCCAAGUCGCAUACUGCUUCACACGCGAUCGUCUUUACGCAUAGGGAUCUAAAUCCUAGGAACAUUCUUGCCAGAAACGGCAAGAUCACCGGCAUUGUUGAUUGGGAGAAUGUGGGCUUUUUCCCAGAGUACUGGGAGUAUACCAAGAUGCAUGAUACGGUGCGCAGUUUGAUUCGGUGGCUGGCUGGUGUGGUUGAUCGGGUGUUUGCGGGCUACCGGGACGAGCUACAUGUGGAGAAUAUGCUAUCUGAUUUAUCAGGCCCUUUUUAA